AUGUCAGCAUUUCACGAGAGAAGAUAUUAUCAGACUUUAACGUUAUUUUUCAUAUAUUUACAGGCAGAACCGGAGCUAGUGUGCUGCGAUCUCUACAAUUGGGACGACGAUACAGAAGCCUGCGUGCCAGACUGCGAACACGGAUGCAUACACGGAACAUGUGUCGCUCCGAACCACUGCGUGUGCGCACCACCGAUGAUCCUACACAACAGCACCACCCCUAACACCUGCUUACAACCCGUCUGUGAUCAACCUUGUAUUAACGGAAACUGUACAGCUAACAACCAAUGUACCUGCAAUAUAGGCUUCAAACCAAUAGAUUUAUACACCUGUGUUCCUCACUGUACCAACUGUACUAACGGUGAUUGCGUCAGUCCGAAUGUCUGCAACUGUCAUAAAGGGUACACUAAGAAAAAUGGUAAAUGUACGCCUCAGUGCAAAAGUGAUUGUAGAAAUGGAUACUGCUCGGAACCUGAUAAAUGCACUUGUAAUGAUGGAUACGAAUUAAAAGGUGAUAAAUGCGAGCCUAUUUGUGAGACAUCUUGCCAAAAUGGCGACUGUAUAGCACCGAACACUUGUGAAUGUAAACUUGGAUAUGAACCAAAGAAUGGACGUAAAGAAAUAUGCAUACCUAAAUGCAGUAGCGAUUGUAACAAUGGAUAUUGCUCAGAACCUGAUAAAUGCACUUGUAAUGACGGAUACGAAUUACGAGGAAAUAAAUGUCAGCCAGUUUGUAAGAAAACUUGCCAAAAUGGCGAUUGCAUUGCACCGAAUAAGUGUGAAUGUAAAGAAGGAUUUGAAUCUAAGAAUGGACAUAAAGAAAUAUGCGUACCUAAAUGCGGUAGUGGUUGUAGCAAUGGAUACUGCUCAGAACCUGGUAAAUGCACUUGUGAUGAUGGAUACGAAUUACGAGAUAGUAAAUGUCAACCUGUUUGUAAAACACCUUGCCAAAAUGGCGACUGUAUAGAACCCAACAAGUGUAAAUGCAAAGAAGGAUAUGAACCUAAAAAUGGACAUAAAGAAAUAUGCAUAGCUAAAUGCAGUAGCGAUUGUAAACAUGGAUAUUGCUCAGAACCUGGUAAAUGCACUUGUAAUGAUGGAUACGAAUUACGGGGUAAUAAAUGUCAGCCCGUUUGUAAGAAACCUUGCCAAAAUGGCAUCUGUACAGCACCGAAUAUCUGUGAAUGUAAAAAAGGAUAUGUGCCAAAGAAUGGACACAAAGAAAUAUGCAUACCUAAAUGCAGUAACAAUUGUAGCCAUGGAUAUUGCUCAGAACCUGGUAAAUGCACUUGUAAUGAUGGGUACAAAUUAAAUAACAAUAAAUGUGAGCCAGUUUGUACAGAACCGUGCAAAAAUGGAAAUUGUGUAGCGCCAGAUACAUGCAAAUGUUUUAAUGGAUUUGAAAAAGCUGGAGACACCUGCUCGCCUAAAUGUGAUUUGUGUACUAACGGAGUCUGCAAAGCUCCCAACAUGUGUGAAUGCAACAAAGGUUAUGAUCGUACAGAUAAAGGUUGCGUCCCGAUAUGCGAGAAAAUUUGCGUUAAUGGCUUUUGUUCAGCUCCAAAUGAAUGCACCUGCAAUACUGGAUUCACUCAAGAUACAUUAGAUCCUUCAAUCUGUUACGAAAAUUGCGGUCCUGAUAUGGAUUUGAUCAAUGGAACCUGUGUUGUGUCUCUUCCACCAAAUCCGGAAAUGUCGUCAGGAACCACCACGGGGCUGGCGAGUAUGCAGAUGACAUGGAUAGUAGGAGGAGCCGUCCUGCUGCUACUGAUCGUGCUAGUGCUGGUGGUGAUAAGCCGCCUCUACGCUAGGAAAUCACCACAGAAGACACCUGAAGAUGGACCCUACGGCAGCGUAGCGUACACCGUUCCGAACACCUUAUUCCGAAAAGACGAUCUCAUCGAAGAAGAGGAAACGAACGAUACUCUCUUGGACAGAGGAACCAGCGCUGUUUAAUUACUACAUAGAUUUAAAGCCUUAUCAACCUAUUUAUGAGGGCCACAAAGACUGUUUUCCCUUGUAGCCCCGAGCCGCAAGAUGAAUUUGCUUAAAAGUGAUUGGAUGGCAAGGAACUAUACUAUGGUCAUCUGGCGGCCACCUAAAAAGCUGUAAUAAAAGAUCUUGAAAAUGCCAACUGUCGGAAAAACAUGAGUGUAUUACAUAAUCUGACAAAUAAACACACAUUGUUAUUUAAAAAUAUGACAUUUAAAAAUAUGAGGUCAGUUCAUUGGCAGGUAUUUAAUUGUAAAAUGAAGAACUCAACUAAAGACGCAACGAAUAUAAGUAAGUUUUGUUUAGUGGUGAGAUUAUCGUCAAGUAACUUAAGCAAUAUUUUUUGACUAUGAACUAAAUAUGGUUAGUAGAAAAAAUUACCCCAAGGCUGAUAAAUCCUGAUUCAAAGAUUGUAAAAAGUACACUACUGCCAGCCACGUUCAUAUCAUUAUGGAAAAUUACUUUUGUCUAAUCUUACCCCACUUGUCUUGUCCCUAGUUACCCCACUUGAAAUGAAAUAAGGCAAAAUUAAGGUUUACACUUUACUGUUUUGGUUAAUGUUGUAUUUUGGUCUAGUCAAAGAAGUAUCAUCAAUUUCUGUUCACGUCUUCACUAUUAUUAGAUAGGUACCUACUACCAAAAAGAAUAGAUAGUAUAGAGGGGUCCUGUCACUGUCAAUUUUGUAGUCACGGUACAUUUACUGCCAUCUAUCGACACACGAUUAAAACUUAAAACAAAAUUGAAAAUGUAUAAAAUAAUCAAAAUAUCUUUACGGAUAAAUGAUUCUUAAUUUUUAUUGUUUCAUACUGACCCAUGUUCGUUCACUGAUAUGUGUUAAAAUUGUUAAAUAUGAAACGGUGUCGUUACCGCCAUCUAGCCGAGAAUAGGCCAAAGGUAAUGGCGCCAUCUAUUCGAGAGUGACUUUUUCUUGGCCGUCCGAGGCACGUUUUUUUCUUAGACUUUAUUUAUCUUAUACGGAGUUAUAUAUAUCUCUGCCUACUACCAACAAUCCAACGUGUAUAAAACUUCACUAUAGGUAAUCAUCUAUGUUGAAUCAAAAUGAGAAAAAUGGUGUUGAUAGUUUAAAAUAGUUACUUAUGUAAGUAGAUAUUAAUAAUUUAACAAAGGAGACACGAUCUGAAACAGUGAUUAAUAAGAUAAAUAAAAUUUAAUUUUGA